ACACAUCAUCUUCCUGUGGGUUAUAAACAAACCGAGCCGUGGUGGUUUCUGCAGAAUUUCAACAUAACACCAGCCGAACUCCAACCGAACUUUAGUGGGUGACUGUGGCUCUUGAAUGAACACCUGGCUGAGUUCGACUCGGUUCGGUCGGUCAGCAUGGUGAAGUGUGUGGUCUCCGGCUGUCCGAACCGCGUGGAAGGGUCCAACCGCGGAACGUUCAAUAGAACCCAGAAACGGUUCUUCAAGUUCCCUGGAGAUCCAGCGAGGGUCAAGGUUUGGCUAGCAGCACUCCGGCAGACAGACCAAAAGGACUCGUCGGAUCAGAACCUGAUCUGUGAGGACCACUUCCUGCCUGAGGACAUCUCGUCUAAUGAGGUCAGCGCUGACGCGAUCCCCAUCAUGCCGCCCUGCCUGGACGGGCCCCUGGGAAUGAUGGACCCAUGGGGAGUUGGGUCAGAGGAAGAGGAGGAGGACCAAUGGCCUGCCGGAGCCGCCGGGACCGACGAGGAGUAUGAGGAUGAAGGUGGGAGCAGCCUUCCCUUUAAUACGAAGCUUGCUUUACCAGAACUUCCUCCCCUGGAUUCACCAGAACAGGAUUCGGGUCUCAAAGCGGCUCCGGGACGCUCAACUCUCAACAUCAGCCAACAUCAGCAGGAACAGCUGGUUCCAGCCAAGAUCCAGACCAGAGAAGAGACGUCGUUGCCGGUUCUGACCCGUCGAUUCCUGGACCUAUUCUUAAAUGCGCCAGACGGCUCUCUGGACCUCCGACACGCCAUCACGAGCCUGAAAACGCGGCGGCGUCGGGUCUAUGACAUCACCAACGUGCUGCAGGGGAUCCAGCUCAUCGAGAAGGAGUCGGUCAACAGGAUAAAGUGGAUAGGAAGCUGCCCUGUCUCCAGCUACCUGGGUCAGAACCAGGCCCUACCUGAAAUGACUGAUCUGAAGCUGGUGGAGGAAACUCUGGACUCUCUGAUCCGGAGCUGCGCUCAGCAGCUCUUCGACCUGACGGACGACCCAGAAAACUCUGCGCUGGCGUACGUGACCUACGAGGACCUCCGGAGGCUGAAGACCUUCCAGGAGCAGACGGUGAUGGUGGUGAAAGCUCCUGAGGAAACCAAGCUGGAGGUUCCAGCUCCAACAGAGGACAGCAUUCAGAUCCACCUGAAAGGGGGAGCGGGUCCAAUCCUGGUCAUGACCUGUGAUAUUGGGACAGAAGGAGGAUCCAGAGAAACAAGCGGUUGCUUUUUAUCACUGGAAGACAGUCGGAUCAAGACGGCUGAGCUGCACACAGGUACGAUGGAGAAUUAGAGCCAGGCUCUCCGUGAUUUGGACCAGAUGGAUGCACUUCUGAUAUUUUCUGGUUUUCAGGUCCACAGAACGUCGUCCAGAGCGCAUAGUCUCAUCCUAGCCACCUGGGGGCGCCAGCGGGCUGAAAAGGACCUUUUCUGGGUUCUUCUGGACAAGCGUUCAGAAAGCUGGAAGCUAGGAACUUCCAGCAAACUGACUGAGAAACUAAGAUGUUUGAAUCAGAACCAAGACCAGGACCAAGGUAGUGUUGGAGAGGAUGCUCGGAGUUUUAUUUUCCCACAGGCAGUGAACUGCCCAGUGUUUUUUCUUCUUAUUUCUGUUCAGCUUUUGACUUGUUUGUGUUUUCUGUUUUUUGUUUUGUUUUUUUAGCUCAGAAUUUUCUGUAAGAAAUGGUCCAUUAGGAUGUUCUGAAAUAAAGUCUAAAUGAAAUCUGGA